UCAGCUCGGCAGCUGCCGCCUCAGCAUCCCCCUCUCCGGGAGAGACAGCCCUCCGUCCAGCCCGUCAUUCCCCCAGCCAGCAGCCCCCCACCCAGGCAGGCAGCAGCCCCCCACCCAGCACCGGCCAGGGUCCCGGGGAUCACAGACAUGCUGGACGACGGCAGGAAGGUGCUGAAGGAGGGUCUGCUGGAGAAGCGCAGCGACGGACUGCUGCAGCUGUGGAAGAAGAAGCUGUGCGUCCUGACGGAGGACGGGGUUCUGCUGCUGCCCCCCCACACCCAGCACCACCAGCACCACCAGAGCCUGCACCAGCAGAACCAGAACCAGAACCAGAACCAGGAGCCCGGCAGGCUGAAGGAGCUGCACUUCGCCAGCAUGAAGACGGUGGACUGCGUGGAGCGCAAGGGCAAGUACGUGUACUUCACGGUGGUGAUGGCGGAGGGCCGGGAGGGCCGGGAGAUCGACUUCAGGUGCCCGCAGGACGCGGGCUGGAACGCGGAGAUCACGCUGCAGAUGGUCCGCUACAAGAACCGGCAGGCCGUGCUGGCGGUGCGCUCCACCCGGCAGAAGCAGCAGCUGCUGGUGGUGGGGGGGGCGGGGGGACACGUGGCGUGACCCGGGGGGGAGAGAGGGACCCCCGGGGGGGCCCCCACCUCCACCCCCGGGGAGAGGACUGCAGCUGGAAACAGAGCACUGGAUUUUUUUUGGUGAAAGUUCCAUUUUCUGCUUGAUCGAUAGUCUUCCGGACGGAGGGGAAGGACCCCAGGACCCCCCAACCCCCCCAGGACCCCCCAGGAAAGAGAGACAUGC